AUGGGGGGACAGCGGCGUCCCAUCCCACCCCGCUCCGGCACCCGCUCGGCGGGAGCGCAGCGGCACCGCUCCCGCUGCUCGGGAAGGGAUGGGCACCGACACGGCCGAGAAAGGCCUGCCCUGCCCGGGGGGCGCUUUAACCUCCGCCCCGGGGGCUGCCCGGGCGCUCACCGGAGCUGUCCGCCGCUAAACGCCCACACCUGUCCGCCAGGGCCGCUGCUGGCCCGAGGAGGGGGGAGCGCCUACCCCGCCCGACCUCCCCUUCCCGGCAGCGGGGGCGCUCCGCUGCCCGAGGGGCCCGGGAGCGCAGGCUCCUCAGCACCGCCUCCCUCCCGUCCCCUGCCGGCUAGAAGCGCUCUCCCAGGCACCCGCGCCUCUGGGCACGGGAGUCUAGAUUGGGGUCCGGGCAAGCCCCGCCGGACGCGGUCCCCUCGGCGGGGCUGCGCGGUGCGGGACCUCUCGGUUCCACGGAAAUCCCGCACCACUCAGGCUUCGCCGCGGGGGGAGGCAAAUAUCCACCCGGCUGCUCUCGUCCUGACGGGGAGGGGCGCGGGACAAACUCUGCCCGAACGACUGCCGACAACUAGUUAUGGAGCCAGCGCUCCAUAUGGACUGCGGGAACGGCGGGGCAGGACCCGGGACAGCGGAUCCUCCCGCGUCGCUCGCCCGCAAGGCUCCCCGCGGAAGGGGGCGCCCCCCGGGGCAAAGAAGGAGGAUGGCAGUCCGCGGCGGCUGGCAGAGCCCCGGCGGAGGGGGAAUAGAGCCCCGCAACGCAAGGCCAGCUAG